AUGUCAGCUCCACAAACACUUAUGAGACUGACAAUCAAUGCAGAGGCAUUGCUAAAGUACUCAUUGCCACAGAGAACAAACAAUGGUUGGAAUAGACCAAAGCUGUCAGCGAGACAGUUCAAUGUAUUACAAAAGAGUAUCAUGCGCAGUAAUGAUGCCGUAUGGCCACUGCCCGAACCAGAGAUCAGAGCCAAGCCAGAGAGACAGUCACAGAUGACUAUCUUGCAACGUUCAGCACCUCUCAGAGAAAAGAGAGUAAAGGAUGCGAUGGCUGGUAUGCCUAAAUUGAUCGCUGAUAAGAUGAAGGCAGCAAGAGAGAAGAAGAAGAAGGAGACUGAAAACUCGGUCACUGCUUUGGUACCAAACUAUGUAAAGGGCGGUCCCUAUCCACACAACUACAGAGGCGAGAUCACCAAACUCAAGAUGCAGGCAGCAGCAGAGAAGGAGAAGAAAAAGGUCGACUUCAUUGCUCAAGCAUCAAAGAAGACAAAGUCAAAGAAA